AUGGGUUGGAUGAAUUUGCCUCUAGAAUUGUUAGAAUUAAUUUUCCAAAGGCUAUGUUUGGAUGAUGCCAUGAAUUGUCGUGCCACAUGCUGCUCAUGGCGAAAGGCCGCUGACGCCAUAUUUACAUCUCAGCUUCCAUUGAUGCUCUCUCUUUCAACACCAUCUAAAUCUUCAUACAACUGGCCAUGGAUCUUAAAAUCAUAUAACAGCUUUGGAAGCUUAUCCGCCCCAUGGAGCAACCAUGAUUCCACUGUGCUGACUGAAACAUGGCCCCAAAGAAUAAACCCUAACGAUAUUAACAGGGUUCACUCUGUGCAAGGGUGGUUGAUGUUCAAUAUCUUUCAUCAUGUGAGCGACAAGGACCAAACUUUCUCUGAGCUUUCAUUUUUCAACCCGUUUUCUCGUGCCAGAUUCAAGCUUCCAAAACUGUUCUUGUUUUCUGGAAAGCCGACUUAUUAUCAAGUUCGUGUUGCAUUCAAUUCGGCACCACCGGGAUCUGAGGAGUUCGUUGUUGCUUUCUUGUGUGUGUUUAGCGGUCAAGAAGAAUUGUACGACUUCAUUAGACGAAAACAUACGAAGCAAAGGCUAGCUUUUAUCAAAUUGAAGCAAGGAUCAUGGAUAGAAUCCAUUGAAGCCGCUGAAAUCUUCUCUGAUAUUGAAGUUCAUGGUGAUAAUAAACUGUAUGGUCUUACCGUCAAACAUAAGACAAGUGUUGUGUUCGUGUUUACCCUAGAUAAUUAUGGUGAUGACCAUGUCGUCGAACGAUUGGUUAUGCUAAAUACCAUACAAAAUAUUGUUGUUGGCACAUUUGAUAAUUUUUGUGAAGAACGAAAUCAUCAAAUGGUAAUGGACACUAGCACAGGGGAGUUGUUGCUAGUUCGUCAUGAAUCUCGAAAUGGAUGGUACGACUCAAUUCAUACAAAAGGGUUUAGUGUUUUUAAGUUGGACAGAAGCAAUCUUAGAUGGUGUGAGAUUUUUGACAUUGGUGAUCGUUUCUUGUUCUGGGAUUACACAAAGAAAAUCAGAUCUUGUGGAUAUUCAAGUUUCACCAUUGUAGACCCAAGUGGCUUAGCAGGGGGCAUUGCAUUAGCAUGGAAGGAUUAUAUGGAGGUGAGAAUACUCUCAACAACUUCUUACUCUAUUGUUGCCACAGUAAAGGACGAGGGUAAGAAUCUGGUGUGGGGGCUGGUCGGGGUGUAUCUCAGCACUAACGAACAAGUACGUGUUAGGCAAUAUGAGGAGCUAUCAGGUCAAGUGUGGAGAAGUGCUUAUACCUCGGCAGUGGUUAGAAAGUUGGCUGAAAAUGGUUCUGACCACGCUCCACUAUUGCUGGAAUCUGAUCCACCAACCUGGUCCACAAAGAGAAGAUUCAAAUUCCAAGCUCGAUGGUGUGAAGAGGAGGAGGUUCGACAGAUUGUUAUCGAAGCCUGGAAAACAGAAAUUCAAGGCUCUCCGAUGUUUUCUUUAGCUCAGAAACUGAAGAUAUGUCGCCACCGUUUAGUCCUAUGGCAGCAACAAGGUAGAAACAAUUCAAGGAAGGAAAGUGCUGAAAUCUCGGCCAAACUAGACCAGCUUCGGAAUGAAGGCAUUUAUGGGGGUAUAGAGUUGGUUGAACUGGAAAAAAAAUUGGAGGAUGAACUAAACAAGGAAGAGAGUUAUUGGAGAGAGAAAUCCAGGUGUAAAUGGCUGAAAGAAGGGGAUAAAAAUACGAGAUAUUUUCACCAAAAGUGUCAAGUCAGGAACCGGAAAAACAAAAUCUGGGGAUUGACCACCACUAAUGGUGAGAUGGUUUCGGACCCUGAGAGAAUAGCCAAGGUAGCUGAAUGUUAUUUUAAAGAUAUUUUUUCAACUUCAAAUCCAGAGGAACCGAAUUACUUGUUUGAUGAGUUCACCCCUUCGGUUACAGCUUCCAUGAACCGAGGAUUGGUAAGGCCAGUUACUAUUGAGGAGACAAAGAGAGCUACCUUCUCUGUUUGUGCGCAAAGUGCCCCUGGAGAGGAUGGUUUCACAGCAAAAUUUUUUCAAUUCUUCUGGGAUAUUAUCGGUGGAGAUGUGUUCAAAGCAGUGGGUAGUUUCUUUGGUGGUGGACGGAUGCUUAAAGGCUUCAAUCAUACUCAAAUAUGCUUGAUUCCUAAGAUCCCAGAUGCUAGAGAAAUGACACAGGUCAGACCUAUUAGCCUAUCUUCAGUAUUCUACAAGAUUCUCUCAAAAAUUCUGGUUCAUCGACUUCAAAACUCCAUGAAUAAAAUAGUGAGUUCAAACCAGAGUGCCUUUUUGAAGGGUAGGCUUAUUUCUGAUAACAUUCUCAUUGCUCAUGAAUGUAUGCACUAUUUGAAAACUAAGAAGACAGGAUUGGAAUGUGAAAUGGCGCUCAAAUUGGAUAUGAGCAAAGCUUAUGAUAGGGUAGAAUGGAAGUUUCUAUGGUUUAUCAUGGAAAAAAUAGGCUUUGCCCCUAGGUGGAUUUCUUGGAUCCAAGAAUUAGUCACCACUGUUUCUUACUCUGUUAUGGUGGAAGGUCAACCAUUUGGCUUCUUCAGGCCAACAAGGGGUAUUCGUCAAGGAGAUCCCUUGUCACCGUAUCUUUUUCUUCUUUGCGCAGAAGGUCUUUCCUAUCUGCUACACAAGGCAGAGCAAAACAGGACUAUUCAGGGGAUUCAGAUUCACAGGAGGAGUCCCAGUGUUAAUCACCUACUGUUUGCCGACGAUUCUAUCCUAUUUAGUAAAGCUUCAGAGGAGACAUGUUCUAACAUUUUGGCUCUUCUCCAUGACUAUGAAAUAACCAGUGGUCAGAAAGUCAAUCUCGAUAAGUCUGCUAUUUUCUUCAGUCAUAACACCCCUACUAAUAUUCGUCAAGAAUUGGCAACCUCUCUUAAUAUUAGACAUGUGGGUGCCCAGGAUAAAUACCUGGGAUUGCCAUCAGUGGUUCAACGUUCAAAGAGAGCGACCUUUGGAGCCAUUAAAGAUAAAGUUCAGAAACGGGUCCAAGCGUGGAAAAGAAAUCUCCUUUCAGCAGGUGGAAGGCAUGUUCUCAUUAAAGCAGUUGGUGAAGCGAUUCCGGUGUAUACUCUAUCUUGCUUCCGAUUACCAGAUUCACUUUUGGAGGAGAUUCAUCGGAUCUUGAUGCAAUUCUGGUGGGGUCAAAAGGGUUCAGAGCGCAAGAUGGCUUGGGUUAGCUGGGAUAUGAUGUCGAGGCCUAAGAAAGAAGGAGGGCUGGGUUUUAAAGACCUAAGAGCACAUAAUAUGGCACUCCUUAGAAAGCAAUUUUGGAGAGUCACCAUCAACCCAAAUUCUUUGCUGUCCAAAAUGCUAAAAGGAAAAUAUUUUCGUUAUACAACCUCACUCACAGCUGAUAAAGGAUCACAGGCUUCUUGGGGUUGGCAAAGUCUGCUAGAAGGAAGAAAAGUUGUGGAAAAAGGUAUUAACUGGAGCAUAGGUUUGGGUUCUAAUGUUCGUCUAUGGUCUGAACCUUGGUUACCUCCCCCAUAUCCAUUUAUUCCUAAUUGCAGCAACAACACAGAUACAAGUGUCUACUGGGUCAAGGAUUUACUUACAGUGGAUCGACAAUGGAAGCAAGAGCUGAUAGAAGAAAUUUUUCCUCCGGAGACAGCAACCCGUAUCCUCUCCACUCCGUUGAAUGCCGAUGGUGUUGAUAAACUCCAGUGGAUCUGGAACAAAAGAAAACAAUAUGAUGUCUCUUCUGGAUACACGAUAGCAUACAAUUUCUUUCAUGUUCCAACAGCACAACUUUCCCCUUUGUUGCAAAAUCAGGUAAUUUGGAAGCAGAUUUGGGGAUUAAAGAUUCAAACUAAGCUUCAGAUUUUUCUAUGGAGGGCUAUUCAUGAAAGGUUACGUGUGAUGCAUGUCAUCCACAGCAGAUUUUCAACCACCUUGCCCCUUUGCCAAAGAUGCAAAAUGGAAGAUGAAACAAUUACCCAUUGCCUCUUUCACUGUGGCCCUGCCGUAGCGACCUGGAACACCCUCUGUCCUGCUGCGACUGUUACUCGUAAUGGAUCUCCUGAUUUUGUGUCGUGGUGGCUGCGGGUCACCACCAGAAACCAGGGCGGUGCCGAGACACUUGCUCAAGUUGUGAGGGUCUGUUGGGAAAUUUGGAAAGCUCGAAACAGAGAAGUGUUUGAAGGAAAGAAGACUACAGUAGAAGAGAUAACUGAUGCAGUGAUGCGGUACCAUUGA